AUGUUGGAUCGAACGAUCAAACAACAAGUUGUCCUGGCGGGAUACAUCUCCCGCAUGUGGAUAAACCUGCAAAAAUUAGGACAAACCAAAAUCACGGCGUAUGAAGUCUCGAGCCGGCUGGCGCGCCUCGAUGAUUACUGGAAGCGUUAUCAGGACGUGCACUUCGAAAUCGCAGCCGAUCCCGAAGCUGACAAAACGAAUUACGUCAAGGACGACUACUUCACCAAAACGGAAGAGGAGUAUUUUGGUAUGCGUAGUAGGCUUAAUGAUCUUUUCGUUCAGCUAAGCAGAGCGGGAAUUGUAGAGGUGGAGGAACGCCCUGGGCCGAGCUCUACGACGGUCGCGCCGGUACUUAAACAGAUGCAGCUUUCGAAGCUGGAGCUGCCGAAAUUCUCCGACGAUCAACUCGAGUGGGAGGGUUUUCGAAAUUUAUUUCGCUCGCUCGUUCAUGACGUCACGGGCGUUCCUAAGGUGCAGAAGCUUCAGUACUUGAUGGGGUGCCUGACCGGUGAAGCCGCGGAGGUCGUCGCAGGCGUUCCCUUGACGGACGGCGCUUAUGAUGGGGCGUGGCAGGAUUUAGUGAUGCGCUAUGACAAUCCGCGUGUCCUGCUCUGCGCUCACAUGCGCCAUUUGAUUUCUUGCCCGGCCGCCAUUAAAUCUUCGGCUGGGGAAAUCAAACGAUUGCUGGGCGUGCUCAAUCAGGAGCGGCGGGCGUUCGUCUCAUUGGAGCGACCGGUCGAGGCGUGGGAUGAUUGGUUCGUCCACUUGCUCGUUAGCAAGUUGGACGCCACGACAAGGAUGUACUGGGAGACGUCACUCUUGGACUCGCGCGACUUUCCGACGUUUCGGCAAUUACAGGUCUACCUAGAGAACCGGGUGCGCGCUCUGGAGGCGGCUAGGGUGGACGCCCCCCUUCCGCGAGGAGGACCGGGUGCGGGUGCGAAGUCCGCAGCUAAGGCCACGCGCGUUGCAUGCAACACAACCGUGACUCCGAAAACAAAGGCGAAGACGUGCUCUCUCUACUCGGGUGCGCACGCACUGACGUUCUGUCCCAAAUACAAGGCAUUGCCUGUUGCUCAACGCGCGGAACAAGUGAAAAAACUUGGCGCGUGUUUGAACUGCGUGAAACUUGGACAUCGGGCAGAUUCUUGCCCGGUCAGCGGUCGUUGCUUGGUGUGUGGCGCGAAUCACCACACUACCCUGCAUGGGCUUGGUUUCGGGCAGUCCGGAGGCACCACCAGGGACCAGCCACGAGAGACGGAGGAUACUGUCGCCGACGCUAACUCCUUGACAGCAAGCGUGGGCUCGACCGCCGCUACUAGCAGAAGAACCGUCCUGCUGACCACGGCACAGGUUCUGCUUGAGGGACCGUCUGGAAGGCAACUGCGGGUGCGGGCUCUGCUUGAUACUGGGUCAGAGGCCUCCUUUAUAACGGAGAGUGCAGCCCAAAUGCUACGCGCGCCGCGUCGCCGUGUCCGGGUUGCGGUAUCCGGUCUGCAGUGUACGCGAACCGGGGAGGCUGCUACCGCUGUAACGCUUGGCAUAAGGUCCCGAACAGAUGCCGCGUUCCGCCUCGAGACGGAGGCAUUCGUGCUCCGGCGAUUGACCGAUCUGCUGCCGCCUCAACGCGUUGUUGCGCGUGCGUGGCCGCACUUGACGAACCUUCCGUUGGCCGACCCGGACUUUGCGACGCCAGCUGCGGUGGACGUUGUACUCAGCGCCGACGUUUACCGUCAAGUGAUGCGACCUGACAUUCGGCAGGGUGAACUGGGCUCGCCUUCGGCGCACCUCUCCGCCUUUGGCUGGAUUCUGACCGGCGCACAGAGGUCAUUUUGA